UGUCUAAUGCGAGACCUUGCGUUAAGCAAGGCCCCGGAGAUAUAUCCGUCUCGGCCCGUUCGAUGAUUAACGAACGGCUCCGGGCACGGUGUCUGCUACAUGGCAGUGAUUUAGCUUGUAGCAGUAGUAACUUAAUCAGUGAGCAAGAUUUAGCUGUCAGCCGUUAUUAUCGACGCCGUCGUUGUUGUUGUUGCCGCUGUUGUUUCUUUGUUGUCUUUUCAACACCAUCGCAUUAUUCUCGAAGCUAACGAAAAGUCAGUACUACAGCAUGUAACAAUGUUUUUACAGUCACCACCACUAUUAGCAGCCACCAGAAUGGCUCUGAUGCCUAUCGUGUAUCUGUUAUCGGUAUGGCAGUGGGCGGACCUGCCGGUAGGCGGAGUGUCAAUGACGUAUCCCUCGACCCAGACACUCCCAUUGAAUACGCCUACCGCCCUUUCAGGCACUCAGUUGCCGCCACUGUUAAUACUGCCAAACACUACCUUAUACACAGUAUUUGAUGAGGUCACAACGUACACGUACGAAGCGGACACGAUGAUCACAUGGCAGGAGGCGGGAUUACAGAGUGGUGUACAAAAAAGCAAUACGACCCCUCAUGGAACUAGCUUCUUUGAAACCGAAGCGUGGAACUCCACCGAAAGUGUCGUCACGGUUGGGCAAAACAUGGAGCAGAGUGGCUCGCGAGCAUACGGAAGUUCGGACGGUCUCGACUGGGAGAUGGUGUCUGCCCCCUCUGAAGAUGGUAGCACAUUUCAGCAAGUGUUACUUGGCGUCGGGCUGUACACACUUAGUUUGCUUACUUUAGCUGGAAAUACAAUGGUGCUCCAUGCGAUCAGGACGGAGCGUCGUCUACAAACGGUUGUGUAGUAUGUGUCGUUGGCGGGACUUGAAGCAAUGACCCUGGUCUCUUUCUACCAAAGGCUUGGCCGUACAAGCUACCGUAUCGACAGCUAGAUAAUAAAUAUGCAGCUUCCAUAUCAACGGUCGGAGAUUUCAAACUUUGACAGUAUACGAAUAUUUCGGGUCCGAAUAAACGGUACCGUUGUCACUGUAGAAAUGGAGCAGCUCUAUAAUGACAACUCUACUAGAUGUUGAUUGAAUUGGUUCGGUGAUGAACAGAACAAUGGGACUAACGUGGGCUGGUCUUCCGACAACCUACUAUAACAAAUCAGUCCUAAAUUUCGUGCAAAUCACGCUCGUAGGACUAUACAGGACGGCUCCAUUUCAGCCAGCGAUGAACCUGGUGUGUUUCAAAUUUGUCAGCACCGAGUGCUUCCGGACACUCAUAAUAAGCCUUUCCUUGGUGGAAUUUGCUCUUGACAAUUGUUUUAUCACUGCGAUGUAGCACGCCGCCAUUUUUCUGGGCAACUUUAAUUCGCACUUAAGGGAAGCAUGACAUUUAUGUUGCCCUUUUUUUCGCAACAGCGGAGAACAGAGCAAAGGUAUUGCUCCGCCAAUUUGAGCUAUAAUUCAUCCUUUGUUUAAAAUCGUUAAGUAGGUUACCUUAUUUGCAGCGUCACAUUGUCAAAAACAUCAUAAUACUUUAAUUAACAGAGCUAGGCGACUGUUUUUUUUAUGUACGAUCUAUGUAAUAUGACCUAUUUUUCCCAUGGAAAAUACAGGAUUAUAAGGAUUUAUAAGGUAUAGUCAUCAUAAAUAAGCUAUCCAAAAAAAACUGUAGAUUUUAGCAGUCUUAAUUACUCAUUCUAUAGUGAGUCAAGUUGCUAAUUGAAUUGUCAUUUUCUGAAGCUAAAGUUUUUUCUCGACACGUAACAAACAAUUUUUUGUAACGUGGGAAUAUUAACUGGAGCACAUCAUAACUGGCAUAGUGGGCGAAUUCACCAGAUGCACUCUAAAAAUAUACAUUUUUUGGUACCGUUAUUGGAUUAGGUUUUAUCAUAUUGUAGGAUCACUGCAUAAAAAUUUGACGGUGCGUAGAGUUCAAGCUUUGAUCUACUUCACGCACUAAGGACGUGUAUCUCUUGAAAACUAUAAUAGAGAUCUGGACUGCUUACUGCCAGAUAAUUGAUUUACUUCACAUAAGCUCGACAGGUGCUGUCAGAUACUUCUUUUACUAUAAAAUUCGAUAACCUAGGUAGCACAUGCCUACAAGGCAGCUUGGAUAAACAUAUUGAACCCACGUAAUAAAUAUCGAGGGCAGCUCAAAUCUAUUACGCCAAUACGCAGCAGUGUCUUGACUCUACAAGCCAGACAAAUUACGAGGUCCAAGGAGGGAGUUAGGCUUUGCAAGGCUGAAAUCCGAGCCAUCCGGUAAUAAUUCUUGUGACAGACCGUAGAAGGACGACAUGAUAUAAGCCGUUCUAUUACAUAAGCCAUCAGAACGGCAACCAGCGAUAUUAUACUAGCCCACGGGAAUGACGGCAUAAAAAUGUGCUUCCGCUACCCUUCAUAAGGUACUGAUAUGUGAUAUCGGAUGAUGGUGCCAUAAAAGUAUAGUACAUAAUGAAGUACCAUAUCUCUUAUUACAUUUGGCUGGACUGGAGUUCAUGAAAAAGGCUCGUUUCAAUUGAGGACAACGUCCCAUCAAACGACACUGAUUUUACGAGAUAUAGUUCAAGCACCACCGUAGACAACACGAGUUUUUUUUUAUGUUCCCUUUGCGUUUAUGCCGCAAACGUAUUACCUAUCGUCUGUAAACGAGUUGCUGUAUCGCUAUUGAAUUAUGAGUUUUUGUUUGCAUAAACACAAAUCAAGCAUGAUUGGUGAUAUUGAGGGACAAGUCCCAUCUAUUUAAUAGCACAAAGACUGGACUGGAGCUUUUAUGCAAAACCUAAUUCCUCAUAAAUAAUUCGACGGUAUACAGUAUUUUUUCUGAUCAAUUAACAUAGAGCUAAUUUACGAAUGUAAUGUACGAUACCAGCAUAAAAUAGACCAGUGCGCUCUGCUUGGAAAUCUUAAACGAUUUGUAAACCGAU